AUUUGAUGCAAGUCAUGUUAGAACGGGUCUUUGUUGGGACUUAAUAUAAACUUGGGAUAGUGGCUUUAGUUAGAUUCUAUGGAGCCAGUGUUGUCACUUCAUCUAAGAUGGCCACCACUUUAGCGGGUCAGGAUUCUCACCUGUUAAGGUGUAGGAAGGCUGGCAAGAGUGGUCCAACAAAGGCAUCUGCCACAAAGAGGCAUGUGAAUAAGGAGGACAUCGAUCAUUGGCGGAAGCAAGUGGAGAAAGCGUCAGCGUUUGCUGUGACCGAAGUCUUCUUCCGCAAGAAAGCCCACUCGGGGGGCAAAGGCCUGGCUGAAGCGCUGCAACACUUGGAGCAGUGGAAAGAUGACGAUGACACCAAUGCUGAAGCUCAGGCACUUCUGGGUGACUGGCUGGACAGUACGUUGCCGCUGGAGCUGGAGGCAGAGGAUGAGGUGGAGGAGGAGAUGGUGGGUGCGAGAUCAAGGCCAGUGGCACCGACUCCCAACAUGAAAUACAACAACUUUGACGAUCUGUACAACCACCUGGCCAAGGAAGAAGAGCACUGUGCGGUCAGCAACUUCCUGCAAGACCUGAAGGAGCAGGAAGUGGUGGACGGUGGCAUGAUGCAGCAGCUGACACUGGACGUUGGAUACACCAACAGGAAGUUCAACGACCCCGUCGUCACCAUGGACGUGCGCCACCAGCAGGUGCGAGAGAACAGAGCGACACGGGACGGCGCCGGCGACGAUGCCAAGCGGCGGGAGCGGGAGCUGCAGGAGAGGAAGAAGAGGCAGGAGGAGAGGAAGAGGCAGGAGGAGAUGGUUCAGCAGGAGAUCGUCAGACUCCGGCGACAGAGGGAGGAGAGGAAAGGCCUUGAACUGCUGCUGAGACGGAGGGAACGACUGGAAGGUCAAAGAGCAGCCAGGAGCCUCCAGCCAGCUCUCCCAUCCCCCGCAAUGCAGAAGCAGCAUCAGCAGCGGUCGCCACCGGCAGAAGCAAAACCACAAUGCCAAGAAAAGAACGUUGAGAUCUUUGUUCACCUGCAUAACCUGAAGUGUCUCAGGAGGCAUUUCUCCCAGUGGUACUCGGUGGUGCUGGAGCAAAGGCUGCAUGCAGGUAAGGCCACGGCGCUGUGUGAUUGGAGGAGACAGCGGAGAGCCUGGCGAGUGUGGCGUGCCGUCACGUGGGCCAGGAGGAAUGAGCGAGAGGUGUGGAGAACAGAGGAGGAGCUGCGAACGGAAAACAAGCGAUGCCAGCUGGCCGUGGACAGCGACCGGCGGCGGGUGCUGAGGCGAUGUCUGCUGGAGUGGCAGCUGUGGUGCCGGCUGGAGCGGGACCAACGCGAGCUGUUGGCCCAGCAGCAGGAGACCCGGCGCAAGAUGGACGCCCUGAUCAGUGCCGCCACCACGGGCCAACUGAAACCCCCCACGAUGUGCGACACCCCGCCGGAGGCCUCGGGGCAGGUAGAGUCCCACAAGCCCGUCACAACCCGCCAUCCCAGAACCCCUGUGGGUUCCAGAACCUCUCAGCCCCAGCAGUGGGUUAAACGGCGCCAUGCAGGGCUCGCCACGAGAGAGCUCAAUCAGGCCCGGCAGAGGGUCGAGGACGGCGAUGACCUCACCUGCCCAAAGAGCGGCGCCUUGCAGGGCGGCCGCUUCGAACACAGACAUGCGGCCCAGAAGAUGAUCAUCAUGCAGCAGAGGAAGCAGCUGAAGGAGCAGCAGGAAGAGAUCGCUCAGCUCAAGCGGGAGGUCACCAUCACCUGGAAGGGCAAAGCAGCGAGGCGGACGCCGCAGCAGAGAGCGCCGACACAACCCAACAGCUUGGACGACUCUGCAAGGAAAGACGCGACACCCCAGAAAAGCUGUCAUCCAAUUAUCGCAGCCAUGGAGGAGAGGGCACGUGCACGUGCGGAGCGGAAGAAGCAGAUUGAGGAACUCCAAAGGGUCAAGCAAGAGGAAAAAAUGGCGGAGAUGAAAGCUGCAGAAGAGCAGAAGCUGAGGGAGGAGGCGAUGGAGAAAGCAAGGAUGAUGGAGGAGAAAAGGCUGGCCAGGAUGAAGGAAGAGGAGAAACGUCAGCGAAGGAAAAAACAGCAUCAACUGGAAGACGAGGCCCAUCAACAUUACAAGAGAAGUUUGUUACGUUGGAAAGGCCUGGCGCCGUGGAAACGCCUCAUGGAGCUCAGGCAGGCCAACACAGAGCUGGCCCAGACUCAUCACGCCGGCUCCCUGCUGAGGCGAUGCACACUGGCAUGGCUGCAAUCAGCCAGAGAUUCCCAGUCUGAGAGGGAAGCUUGUGCUGACCGACUGCAUCGACGACUCCUGCUUCGGAGGAGCUUAACCUGCUGGAAGAAACUGGAGGGCUGGAGGCAUGUUCAGGAGGAGAUGGCUGACUUUUUCUAUGGCACCCACACUCUGAGAAGGUUCCUGCAGGCCCUGCGGGACCACUUGACCCGGGAAAGGCUGCUGGAGCAGGAACGUCAGGAGCUGGCUGAAGGGCACGACAACAGAGCGGCGCUAAGGCGAUGUUUCCAGGCCUGGAGGCGGCUUCCAAAUCUGCAGCGCAAGGAAAGAGAGAGGGAACAGCGGCGGGAGAGGCUGGGCCGCAAAGUGAUUGAGGUCCUGCCCGACUUUUGGUCUCGUCCUCUGUGAAGGCUUGGCGGCACACAAGACACACAAACACCUCAGUGACGCCGCGAAUGAUCGUGUCAAUGUUUUAUUACAAAAAUAUAACAGUCACAACCGUUGAGGACCAACAGAACAUAUCUUCCCAAUAUUUCAAGU